AUGAACUAUGGUUCGCCCCACCCUUCGGUCACUCAUAACGAGCCAGAUCAAUUGCACUCGUUCUAUUCUGGCAACCAUUUUCCUGGCCACUAUGGGUUGAACCUGCUGCCGCGUGACGACCUGUUCUCAUUACAGGAGCCACUGACGCCAUCCACUUUUUAUGAUAUGGCUGAAAUGGAAGCCAUCAAGCCGGAAUCUGAAUGGGAAGCGCCAUCUAGCAGUACACCAGACUCGGACGAGACAUGGCAUUCUGAUCUACCAAUUGCCACGCAUUCUGCCCAGACCCGAUCCGCGAAGAAUCGCCGCAACCCCUCAACGUCAACCGCAUCCACUGCUUCAACGAUUCUCUCUAAUGAUUUAAAUAGAGAAAGGAAUCGCAUAGCCGCCAGCAAAUGCCGUAGGAAGAAGAAGGUGGAGGAGACGCAAUUAGAGGAGCGAUGGAGGAUCUUGCAAGUUCAGAACGUCAUUCUCCAGGAUUCGGCAUCGCAGCUUCGUAAUGAAGUAUUCAGUCUAAAGAAUGAAAUUUUGAAGCAUGGCACUUGCGAAUUUCCCCCAAUACAAAGCUACAUUAAGGCAGCGGCGGCGGCGGCGGCGGCGCAGAUUCGUUGA